AUGUCGCGUUUUGCCCGAGAUGCGUUAGCGAUGAUCGAAUCCGCUGAGCACGCGCUCUCCGGGGACCCCUGCGCAAUGGACAAGGGGCGGACGACCUCGUUGCGAUCCCCCACCCGGGGCACUGACCCCUCUUAUUCAUCCGGGGUGUGGGAGAAAAAGAAGGGAAGUCCCUCGCCGGGGGAUUCGUGUGGGUGGGACCUUUCCCGGCAGCUCCAUUUCGCCCUGAAGGAGCUGACUUCCCUCCGCGCGGAGUUCGCGGCGGAGCGGGAGGCCCGCGGGGAGUCCUUAGUCGCCCUCGGCCGGCGCUGGAAGGACGAGCUGCGGGUCGAGCUGCGGGCGGGGGCGGUCGCGCAGGAACGCGCACUUUCCGCCCUUGAGGCUGGCCUCACGGCGCGGCUUCAGGCGGAGGCCGGGAAGUUCGCCCUUCUCAAACGCCAACAGGAGGAACUUCAACACACGCUGAAAGCCCAUCAACGAGGGGAAUUCGAUCGCCAGGAGCAGCUUCGCGAGGAAAUGGAGGGGCUGCGCGGGCGGAUUGAACAAGGGGUGGCGGCAGCCACCGCCUUGCGCGGGGAGGUGGUGCGGGAGAUGGAAAACGAAAAGGCGGCCCUCUCGACGCGUCUCGAGGUGGAGCUUCGGCGCGGGGUGGACCUCCACCAGGAGGACCUUCGUCAGAUCCAAAGCCUUAAGGCAUCCAUGGCGGAGGAGAUGCGCCGGGCGGGGUCGACCAUCCGCGAGAUGGUCCAGCAAACCUGGGGGAGUUUCGCCGCGGGGUUGGAGCGGGAGGUGCGGGAGACGCAGACGGGGCUUGUCGAGGAAUUAAAGCGCACGGGGGAGCGGGUGCGCGCGGUGGAGGAGAAAGUGGAGGAGCGGCUGCGCACGGGUCAGGCGGAGCUGCGGGUGCAGACAACGAUGCUUCGCGAUCGCGUCGCGGCGUUGGAGUCGAAUGAGGCCGUCGGGGCCUCGCGGAUGGAUCGUGCGGAGAAAAAGGCCGACGCCGCGCACGACAGCACGUCGAGGAUGGAUGCCGCGGUGUUGGUCGCGCGGGAGAUGGUGGAGCGGGCGGUGGGGCUUUCCCAGCGAGCGGCGGAGCGGGCGCAGCGGGUGGAGGACGUCCUUCUCGAUCGCGAUGCGCGUUUAAUUCAAGUCGAGUCUCAACUUCACGCCGUGAGCACCGCGGGAAGCCUUAAAGCGACGGUGGUGGCGUGCGAGCGGGGGCUCACCCAGAUGGAGAGCCGCGUGAACGCGCUGGGCGAGGUCUGCGCAAGGGGCGAACGCCUGGUUGAGGAGUCGGGGAGGAAAACAGACGCCAUCCUGGGGCGUCUAUCCCACUGCGAAAAGGCCAACACCACACUGAAAAGCACGCUCCAGGGGGUGAUGGAAAAUGUUCAAGGCGCGGUCGACCGCCUGGUCGUUGUGGAGGAUACACGGGAGCGAAUACAGGGGGCUGCCGAUCAGCAGGAGCUUGCGUGUGUGCGACUAGAGCAUCGCCUUGAUGCGAACGAAAACCGAACGAAGCUUUUGGCCGAGAAACAUGCGCAGUUCCAGAAGGAACUCCUCGCACAGCAUCACACACUUCACGAGCGCGUUGAGGCAUCCUUUGAGCUUAUUUCUCUCUCGGAAUCCGUCAAUAAAGCCGCUAAGGCGGAUGUGGAGCGGUUAGAAAAGCGGUUGAUAAAGAUAGACUCAAGUACGUCAGGCUUUCUGGAACGAUGCGAGGCCGUCCAGGCAGAGGUGGAGGAGUUUAAUAACGAAAUUGCCGCUUUACAGCGCCAGAGCGCGCAAAUUAAAGAAAAAAUAGAUCUUCAUGCUAAUCGAAAGGAUAGCAAUGUCGAGUCCCUUGAGCGAUUAGAGGCUGAAAUGCUGACGAAGUCCAAGAAGCUUGAAAAGGACGUGAUGAUGCAUUUAGAACAGUUAACACACCAUACUGAGGAGACAGCGGAGCGCCUGGAGGCCGCGUUUAAAGAUGCCGACCGACAACACGCCGACGCGAUCAAAGGGCAGGUACGAGAAAUAGUGGAAAACACCGAGAAUCAGUACGAUAAGCUCACCGAGGAGCUUCUGUCGGUUUACCAGCGUCUGGACGAUAUAGAGCAGGGGGCGAGCGUCUUCCGAGAGUUCUUAGAGCGUGAUGGGGAUCGCUAUAUCACCCAAACCGAGUUGGAUCCGCUUUCUCGACUCAUUUCCACCAACCAAGCGCAGCUGCGUGGGUUGCGUGGGAGGACGAUGUGCGGGCUGCGUGAGACUCGACGGCGGAUUGAAAUCGGCGAGCAGAAGCUGAAGAUUCACUACGCUGAGGUGGACCGCCUUAAAGCUGCCUUGGAAGGCUGCCAGCGGGAGCUUUUAGCCCACAAGGCGGAUGGGGUGCGGUAUGAGAAAUUAGUGUGCGGGAUGGCCUCCCCACCCCACCAGGUGCUAAACUCUACGACACACUUAGUGGAAUCCACCCCAACUCGUCAGGGUGCGAUGGGCGCAUCCCCAUCCUCACCUGCCGAAGGUGUCGGGACGUCCACCAAAGGAAACUCCACGCGGGAUAUGAACCUCAUAGGAGGCCUGGUGCCUGAUUCUUCUUCGAUUUCCGUCCAUCCCGCCGGGGUGAAUUUUAAUUACCCUUUUUUUCCACCGACUACGACGACGGCCGCCGCGUUAGCUGGGAAGGCGUCCAAGGCACUUACUCCUUCUCCCGCGGUCCUCGUCCCCGAAGGGAUGGACCCUUCGCUCCCGACAGAAUCCAUCGCUGGGGAGAAAAACCUGUUGUGUUCUUCUUCCCGAAGGAAUUCUCUGGUUUCUGAGGGCGCGUUUGGCGUUCAGCUCAAAAAUGGAAUAAAAGACAGGGAUUCCCCCUCCCCCUUCACCGGCGCCCCGUCUGGGACGACGUCAGAGGGGGGGGAUGACCUGGGCGUGCUCCCUGUCGUGUUGACCUCCGAGGAGCGGUCGAUCCACGUCCGGAAUGGCGAUGAGGUGGAAAGGCAAAGAGAAAAGGCGGACGAGGAGCUUACGGGGGAGCUGUCUGAAGAAUCUCGUGCUGCUGCUGGGCCCCUUUCCCCUCCCCCAGCCUCCACCUCCCAACAGGAGCAAAGCUACGCGCACUACGAUGAUUGGGAUGACAGCGACGAGGACGACGUCGUGGAGACUUCGGAGGGGUCGUCUUAG